UGUGUCUCAAUGGAGAUUAAUCCGCGACCGUGGGAACCGCAAAUGGAAAAUCAUCGUAAAAAGUCCUUCAACCUGCCCGCCUGACCGCCUGUCUGUCUGUCUGUCUGUUUGCGUAUCGAUCGGCGCAUUUCGUCAGAGCGCGAUCCUCUCUUCCUCCUGCGUAGGACGCGCGGUCUUCAGAUACUUCCCCAGCGCCCGUGUCGACGUAUUAAUUCCCCUCCAUUUCGCCGUAUUCAGCAAUUCGGAUUCCGAUACCGGUUUACGCUCGUCCCCGUCCGCAGCCGUGACCCAUGCCAGGUUAUCUCGUGCGGAUGAGCGUCAAAAGUGGCCGUCAACUAUCCGCGCCGCGGCAUUUCUUCGCGAGAUCGUCGAGCGGCAGCAACCUUCGCUUCUCGCAACGGUGACGCUUCAGCGAUGUUCAAGUACCUCGUCUUUGUGUUUGUGCUCUCGCACGGGUUUCCAGGAUACGCGUUCGUCUACCCUGACGCAAAGGAAGAAGUCGCGAGAUCCUUGAGAGAUACGCCGGAUGACAAUAGCCCUGCGAUCACAGAGGAGAUAAGCAAAGUGCCAACGGUUACGUUGAACGGAAACACCAAUUACCACGUGGGCCAACAGAUCUUUUACGUGUAUGGCGAGCAGCAAUUUAAGAAAUUAUUUUCGCCCUCAAAACGCACCACCUCCGAAAACGUCGAGAACGACUAUCUCGUUACACCUGGCAUAGGAGCGCACAAGCUUCACCGUCGCAAGAUCACUUGGAACAAAGCUCGCAAGAUUUGCAUCGAGGAAGGAGGUCACUUGGCGAUCAUCAAUUCGGCUUCCGAGGAGAAGAUUCUCUUGCGCCUGAUGCAAGAGAAGAAUAUAGCCGAGGCCUGGAUAGGACUUCACGAUCUUUACGAGGAGGGUGACUGGGUCACCGUCACCGACGAGGCUCUCGAAAACACCGGGUACUCCAAGUGGACGACCAAAUUCGCGAACCUGCCUGACAAUUACGGCGGCUCGCAGAACUGCGCGGUCCUCAUCACGGAGGGCGGCAUAGACGAUGUCAGUUGCACAUUAACGCAUUCUUUCUUCUGCGAGAUCCCCGCGUGAAGUAACAAGGCGUAGGAGAUUAAUCUGCCAUUCGACCGGCGCGGUCGUUGUUUAUGCGCAUUUAUAGCAGCGUGUAUAAAUAAAUAGUGAAUAAUCCUG